AUGGAGAGAAUAGAACGACCUAUCGGCACUCAAUUCCUCACCUUUCCGUUUCCUGUACCGAUGACUAAGAUCGCUAGCAAAGCUAUCUAUGAUUUUUUCACCUUCACUAUCAAUCAGAUAUAUCCAACUCAGAUGGGUUUUGAUAUCGAGCAGUAUAAGAUGCGGUGGCUCGAAAUCAUGUUUCUCAGCAAGCCCGCAUACGAAUGCUCAUUAGCUCUAAUCCAAUCAUCAAACGAAACAUAUCUUGGCGCAGGUUACGGCUGCCCAAAAUCCUUAUCCUGCCUAUCUCAAACUCUUGACACACUAGCAAAACGCCUCAACAGUAGUGACGCUCUGUCUGAUGGAACGCUCUCUAUCGUGAUGGCUCUUAUCAAUCAUGAGCAAGUAGCGGGGCAUUACGCUGACGCUGAAGCUCAUGUCCAGGGCAUGAAAAAGAUUGUUGAUCUCCGUGGGGGGCUGGAUAAGAUAGAAGAUGAUGCUGUGGCCACCAAGAUCUGCCGCACUGAUAUCCUGUUUACUUUGCAACAAGGCGGCCAACCGCUUUUUCAUCGCAAUAGAAUGGCCGAGAUGCGGGCAAUUUUGUUGUCAAGAGGCUUUACGUUAAAGAGCAACCCGGAUGUGAAAAGUCCCCAAAUACAACAACUGGACGGGACGCUCAGGGAAGCCUUUUCAGAUCUGCUGGGCGUCUGCAACCUCUUCAACAAACACAUCGAAAAAAAGCCUCUUGACGUUAUUGAAUUUCAAGAAAUAUUGGUGUCCGUCUGCUACAGACUCAUGGGAUUCAGAACAUUGAACGAGUCCAGACUGAUACAAGAUAUUGAUUCAGCAUACCACAUCGGACUGUUGGUAUUCCUCAUGUCUACCUUCUGGAACAAUCACCAAAGUCGUCUUGCCAAGCCGGGAUUAAUUGCGGCCUGUAUCAGACAUGCUCUGAAAAUGGCGGACGGAGGUUUUGCCUUUUGGCUUCUGAUGUUGGGAGGUAUAUCUGUUCCCAAGGGAGAUGACCAGGAGUGGAUGAUCACGAGACUGCGUGAGGAAGCUUCAAGGAUCGGUGUCGUAACGUGGAAGGAUGCGAGGGAUUGCUUGACCAAGUUUCCCUGGAUGACGGUGAUUCAUGAUGAAUCAGGACAAAGGCUGUGGGAUAAAGUGCGGAGUGUGGAAAUGGAGUUAAGCAAUGGAGUUAUGACCAAUUGA